AUGUCCUUAGAAGAGUUCUUCAACGAUAACUCGUUGGGGGACUCUGUUUGGAAUGAAGAAGAUAUCAACCUAGAAGCGAUUUCAUCGCCGCUUACAAACACAACUAGUAUCGAUGUUCUCAAGCACACCCCCAUAAGACUGGCUACCCGUGCUCCAGAGGACUCUUUCGGAUACCCACACUCGGGAGCCCCCGGUGGAAUCGCAGGCUCGAACCAGUCCAUGGGACCACCAUACAUUGUAAAAUUUUCACAUCUGCCCUCGCAGUUCACCGGGCCUGAAAUCGAGGACCUUUUCCAAACAAAGUGCACGAAAUUCAUCAAGUUUAAGCUUUUCUGGGAGCUCAACAAAAAACCUGCCAUGGGAAUUGCGCUGAAAAACUCCAGUUUUUUCGAUGCCAAUUUCACACGCGAUUCCAAGGUCACCUUCACGGAGUUGUACUCUGCUAGAGACAUGGACAAGAUUUUGAACCAUUGGACUCAGCCUUUGAAGGAACUUUACGACAUUGUCGUCACUGCGGCUGAUUUCGCGGAUUUCAAAAACUAUGUGGAAAAGACAAAACUUUUAAAUGAAGCAGAUGAUCCUACAAAACCUUUCGUACCCAAAAAAAAACCCACUGGACCACCAAAGGCGAAAGCCAAUCCUUUUGGGACUGCUAAACCAACUGAUACUCAAGCGAUCACAAAUGACAUCGAGGAGAAAUACAGCAAACUUCACAUCGAGGACACUAAAACGCUCAGAAGGCUCUCCAACGAAGGUGUAUCUCCUACCAAACCUGUCGUUGCACCAAAGCCCUUGAGCUAUUCUGCGAUUCUAAAGAGAUCUGUGGACGCAGCGGCAAGCCAAUCGCCCAGUCCCCAGCUUCCAUUGCCCUUGCCAAAGGAAGAAGUUGCAGUGGUUCAAUCGAACGACGAAGAAUUGGACGACGCCAAAGAAGCUCCAUCUGCUGAGGUGAAAAAAGACGACGAAAAUCACGACGACCAAUCUCAAUCAUCUGAUAACUUUACAUUCAAAGAUACUGCUCCUAGAGGGCAUGGUGGAUAUCGCGGGCGUGGGGCCGGACGUGGAGGUCGUGGAGGUCGUAGCGACCGUAGCGACCGUGGUGAUCAUAGUGGUGAAAGGGGAAGCCAUCGUGGCCGUGGAGGUGGUCGUGGAGGCUUUUCCAGAGACAAUGAGUCUGGCCGGAAAUAUGACGACUCGCGUUCUAGAGGCGGGAAGUUCCAAAGCUCCAGAGAUGAUAAUCCAUACUCGGUUUUCCGUCCCGCAAGCGGUUUCUUGAGAGAAAAUGUUAAUACUAAUAGUCCAAGAGGCAGAGGGGGCCGUGGUCACUCUUCAGGAGGCGGUCGUGGUAGAGGAGGCUAUCGCGGUGACCGCCGUGGCUUCACUGCCGUUUGA